GGAAUGGUUAUAUAGCAUAAAUGCAAUUACCUUAGUAGCUUACAUGCACGAAGAGGUUGGAAUGUUUUUGCAAAAGCGGCACUGCAGUUGUCACUUUCAGCACUGCCUUAAGUCUAGUAGAUAAAGAUCAGCGCGGGCAUACUGACUAGGCGUUCGAAGUUUUAGCUGCUUUCUUACUAUUACUGGAUUUUCCAGCACAAGACAAGACAAGACAAUGACUCAGCCGAAGCAUAAGCCGCUGGUCCCUAUUACACGCGAGUACCUUCGCUUGUUCUAUCAAAAGUACCCUCUGGAGCCAGUGCCCGCGGAGACCAGGGAGACCCACAUGCGAAAUGUAGAGCUGCUUGCUGGUGUCGUCACCAAGCCUGCGAGCUGCGUUCCAGAACAGUAUGGUCUGGCAACCCCAACUCGGAUUGAUGACUGCUUUUGGCGAAACCGCAUGAUUUGCGAGGAAAUUGCGCUGUCGCUGUCCAAGCUUACAGAGGCCUUCCCAGACACGCCAGACCUGGCUAUUGUAUGCGAGCGGUGCCGCGAACUGCUCGUCAAGUCCGAGAGGGCCGUCUUCGCUGUGCAGGAGAGCAACACAGCGAGCGUCAAGGCGCAGCUGCAGCAGUUCAUUCCGCAGGACUUCCGAGGGGCGCUCCUGGAGAGCAAGCGGCUGAGCACCGAAGCCCGUUACAGGAGGCAAAUCGAGGACCUGGUGAAGCGGGGCGGCAGCAUCCGACAGAAGUUCGAUACCUACCUGCAGCAGCAGUGGGAGCGGCGGCAGGCGCUGGUACAGCUGGGGGAGUGCUCGGGAAUGUUCAAGAUGGUUAUCAAAUGGGUUGCGGGCAUCCCUCAAGUCCUGCUGGACUUUGCCAAGGAGAUCAACGCCAAGCUGGGCCCUAUGGAGGAGCAGCGCAUCAAGUACGGCCCAGAUCUGUACGGCAUCACGACCCUGGGCCUUCGGCUGGACGUCUGCCUAGCGGCCUGGGCGGAGAACGCGGAGGCGCCGGCAGCACGUAGCGCAGCCACCCAACUGGUUGAGGUCGUGGAGCCGGCCAUUCAGUUUUACUGUGAGCACAUGUUGCGCGUGAUUCAGUUCAUUGGUGACGUGUUCCAACACUCGCCUUUCUUCGUGAGCAAAGAGGACAUCGAGGGACACGGCGCCGGCGACGGCGAGGGCGGCGAUGAGGUCGUCUCUGUACGGGUAUCAUCCUCCACGGCGGAGGCUGUGGCGGCAGUAGCAGCAGCGGCAGCGGGAGCAGUGCCGGCUGAGAGUGGGGUAGCGGCGGCUAAAGGCGGUGGUAAGAAGGGCGGUGACUAUGCCGCGCCGUCUCUGACGUUAUCUGCAUGCAGCUCGGACGUUGGUUCGAUGGGUGCUGCCGGUGCCGGCGUGCAUGCGGUGGCGUGUACGGUAACCGCCCCGGCGGCGUCAGCAGCUCCAUCGCUGGCCCCAAAGCUGACGCCCUCGCCCGUCCCGGUGGCUCCAGUCACUGCAACAGCACCUGCUGCUGCUUCACCCUCAGCAGCUCCUGAGGCUGCUUCCUCACCUGCCGCCUCUGCCGCCCAAACCGACCACAACGCUGUCAUGCCGGCUGCUGCCUCGUCUACACCUUCCACGUCGGUAUCCCUGGCUCUCCCGCCUCGGCAGCCUUCCCUGGUCCAUAUGGACACACCGCCGCCUCACCUGCUCACCCUGGCUACGCUAUCCGGCGGCCGUAGCCACAGUCACAGCAGCCAAGGGCACGGCCACGGGCAUGUCCAUGCGGGGCAUGUGCACAUGGCUACGGGCAGUGCCGUCGGCAGCAGCCGGGCGCACCGCGGCUCGCAUGUCAUCGGGAGGUCUUCCUGGACUGCGGACUCGAUGGCGAGCUAUGUGACUGCGGAGGAGGAGCAGCCCUGGUACUGCUGCUUGGAGGAGGGAUUCGGCAGCGGUGGGUCGGAGGCGGGGAUAGAUGCCGAGCAGCAGCGCCAGCAGCAGCAGCCGCAAGUUGAACAAGCGGAGCAGCAGGCGCAGAAGGAACCUCAGCCGCAGCAGUUGCAACAGACGACGCAGCCCAAAGCUAGGCCGCAACAGACGCAGACGCAGCCCCUAGCCGAGCAGCAACAGCCCUUGUCCACAUCCGUAACCCAGCAGCAGCAGCAGGAGGAAGCAAAGGGGCUCACCACGCCUGCAAGCAAGGGCCGGCACGAUAGCAACGCUGGCGGCUGCUUUAGCUGCUUCUGGCGUGGCCGUCGUGCGCGUCCCCAGGACCAUCCCGGCCAGCCUCAGCAGCAGGUAGGGGCCGCUUACAUGGGUCCGCCCGCAUCCCAGUCCCCUCCUGCGCCACCUUCGUCGCCAUCUGCCGUACCGCACGCAUCGAGCCCGGACGGCAACUCCGCGCCCUUGGGCCAUCACGGGCCUCAAUCUGGAGGUGAUGGCGUGCCUUUGGAACACUUGAAUCCAAUCGCCGAGUAAUAAAGUGUACAGGGAGUGGGUUUGUGGUUUCAGUCGCCAGUGCUUACAUGUGACCAGUCGUGAUUGAAGGACAUGGCGUGAUGAUGCGUUGGUAGCGAAUGGGAGGAGCGAGUCGAGGAGCGUGCGCGUGGGAUAUAGUGCGAUGGAGCACGCCUUGGGUAUGAAUGGAUGACCGGCCUGCUGUCUCUGCACCAAACGUACGUCUUGCUGCCCUGCCAUACGGGUUAUCUUCAGCAAAUGUCAAUUCUUUAUAUAUAGCGUUUAUCCUUAUGAUGUCUGUAGUGUCGGUUAGCUGCACCUGGAGACGCAAACCGGAACAUGACACGGUUGAGUACGUGUAUGAGGCUGUGGCUGCGUUUCAUACUUAACGGGAUGAUUAUGAAUUUAUGAUACGCGUUGUGAUCGGCUGAGCAAUGGGACGCGGAGUAUUAUGGCAUCUCGUAUAGGCAGGUGCUUUAGAUCGAAAUUGGAAUCGGAGGCGCAUUCGGCAUGAUGCUUACGGGUACUCAACUGAAGAGGUCGUUGAACGGAUGCCGGGCGUGCAUGUUGAGGGAAGCACUCCGACCGCAUGCGACGAACGAGGGUUGUUCGCGAGUUUUACUGGGGUUUGCGCUUCGUUCGUGGCACGGUGUGUGGAAGGAAUGCCUGGAGUCCAGAUGUCAUCUGGUAUCCUCCUUUAGCUCUGCGUGAGCGGUUGGUGGUUGUUGACCGUUGGGGUCUGGAGGCGCUCCGUGGUGCAUGCGCUGGUGUUUGGAACGGCAUGAUACAUCUCUCCCACCGCAUUACGAUAGACGUCCGUGACUCCCGCGCAAGAGCAGAGGUUAGGACGACGUGUCCCCGUCCACUCAUGGUAUUCCUUUCUUGUCGUGGUUGCCUUCCGAACCUUAGGGGCUUUUGGCUGGCCCGUGUCCAGUGUUUUGCCUUUCCCUGCGAUUUUACUGCCGUGGUUGUGAAUUUCACAUGCUUGCCUAGUUAGGAAGCAUACGGCCGGGAGCUUUUAAGAAAGCAGCAACUGAUGUUGUGACCGUGCUUGCUGCCUCGCUGGACGCAGCAGGCAGCGCAAGCGGCGGACCCAUGGGUAAUUGACCAUCGCGUGCGUUCAUGCGGUGCCUGCAUGCGCUAAUGCUUGAGCCUAAGCGCCCACCAUAAGAACGACACACGAACUGGUCUUCAAAGUACAUUGGCUAAUAAAAAAGCAAGCUAUGUUCAUAGCACGACAGUCCCUGAAGCUGUGGCCUAAGCAAGACAUUAUCUAUCUAUACAUUUACGCAUGGGCACUAUGGACAAACGGGUUAACGGGCAUGGGCCUAGCCAAUGUUAUGCUGUAAUUUCGGCUAAGCGUUUCCUUGAUUGGCUUGGCUGACUGUUGCAAAAGGUUGGUGACUUUUGGGUGUUGCAAUGGGCAAAGGUUUCAUCCUUCCUAUCUAGAUCGCCAUCAAUAGGUAAUGCUGCAUCUCCUCC